AUGAUGGCCCUAAAGGUCGAAGCUAAAGGUGGAAAGGGAGGAAAAGAAUGGGAUGAUGGAUUCAAUUAUGAGGGUGUAACAAAGAUUCAUGUACGAGGUGGUGUCUCUGAACGUCGUGAGACUAAUGUCGAGGGCACUAAGUUUUCACUAAGAGUCAGUGGCAAGAAAAUCAUUGGGUUUUGUGGAUUUGCUGAGAAGAAUCUCAACUCUCUUGGAGCAUAUUUCAUCAGGAUGCCACCAACCAAAUCAGCAAUGCAAUGUGGUCAAACUACAGGUAUGGGUAUGAUGAUGGGGAUGACUACGAUGGUGUAA